AUGUUAAGUGAAAAAGGGUUUUUUGCUAUUACACCACGCCGUAGCGAUGCCGAUAAGAUAGAUAAAUGCCGUUUUCAUUUAGGUCAAGCUUGGUGGAGAAAGAUUAAUGAAGAUUCAAAUUUGAUAAAUGCAUACAAAGAAAAAAACAAUGAAUUAGGUCCAUGGCUAAAAUUAUUUUUCGGCUUACCGUUUUUACCCAGUGACGAAAUUGAAGAUGCAUUUUUAGCAUUAAUAGCCGAAUGCCCUAACCUAGAAGAAGCUCAUGUAUUUACAGACUAUUUAGUAUCAACAUAUAUUGCACCUGAUUCAUUAUUUCCACCAUAUCUUUGGGCACAAGAACCCUCAGUAAAUCCAAGAACUACUAAUGGUCCAGAGAGUUUUCAUAGGACGUACAAUGGUCAGUUUUAUAGCCCCCAUUCUCCAACACAUGUAGUUAUAUCUGUUUUAAAAGAAACACAAGCUCAAACUUUGACAAUAAUUAAUUCAAUUAAAAACAAUGUACAUAAUCCUAUGUCCAAAAAAAAAUAA